AUGGCCUUAAAUGGGUUUAGUUCUUUUGAUUACUCCUUAAAACCACACUUCUUCUCUCAAUAUCUCUCAUUGGCCAUCAGAAUCAUGCACUCCGACGACGAAGAGCAUGACCCCUUCAUAACAGUCUUUGUUGCAAUCAUCUUCUUAUUCUUCAUUUAUGUCACCCUCUACUCUCUUUACGAUCUCUGCUGUCUCCGCCGUUCUAGGAGUAAUCACAUCCGCAGCAGCCGCAGCCUCAGCCGCAGCCGCAGCCCUGCAAUGGUUUUCGUCCCCAUCGAUCCUUCUCAUAUCCCCUCGCGCGGCGGCCUCGAUCCCGCCGUCGUUAAAUCUCUCCCCGUUUUCACUUUCUCAGGCGCGGAGGAUCCGAUGGAUUGCGCCGUUUGUCUCUCCGAGUUCGAGGAGGGAGAGUCGGGUCGGGUUUUGCCCGGUUGCGAACACGCGUUUCACGUUGAAUGUAUAGAUAUGUGGUUUCACUCUCACUCCACUUGUCCUCUCUGCCGCUCUCUCGUCGAGCCGAGUGUGACGAUGGUGGAAGAGGAGGAGCAAACCGUGAUCGCGAUUUCUCCUGAACCGGUUUCUGAAACUGAACCGGCGGUUGAGAUGUCGAGAAGGAGUUUCAGAGAGUUGGAAGAUGGUUUUUUGACAGGGGAUUCGUUGGCGAAUCAUCACUCGUUGCCGUUGCCGCCGAGGAGUCGUCGGAUGUUAUCUUUUACUCGGAUGUUGAGCAGAGAUCGAAGAAGCGCACCGUCUUCUUUUGCCGGAGCUCCGCAUCAGUCGUCGUCGAGCUGCGGGGUAGUGAUGAACGAAUUGGAUAUUGAGCGGGGAGGCAAAGAGAUUAAAAGUGAUUUCCGUCACGUGGAGUGUUCUUGA